CCCACUCCACUGUCCCAUCUACAACCGGCUGCUGCUCCUUCUCUUUCUCUCUCUACUGCUUUCCUCUUUUUCUCUCCAUCCAUUCCUAUUUUUCUAUCUCAAGUUUGGACUAUGGAUAAGGCCCCCCCAACAGCGUAGAAUAGGUUCUCUUCAGCAAACUGCUUGAUGUAUUUUGGGAGACUUCCAGUUUAAUAGGCUUUCCUUUUAGAAUCUCCACUGCCCCUGAUUUUGGGCUGGUGGGGGAUCCAGCUAUAUGGCCAGACUCUUGGGAAAAUGCACAGAGCCCAGCGUGUGUUUCCAUUGGCUAAGGUCUACUGACAAAUUGGCCUAUGGCGCAGCGGGUGCCUGGCGGUCGCGCUCGCGUACCCAUGACCGGGAGCUGGCUGACAGCGUGUUUUUUCCCAUCAACCCCAGGCUUGGAUGGUGCGGAUCCUAUGCUACUGGAGCAGUACAUGGUGGUUGCCAACUAUGAGAAGCAGGAGCCGGCGGAAAUCAGCCUGCAGGCCGGCAAACUGGUAGACGUCAUCGAUAAGAGCGAGAGUGGCUGGUGGUUUGUCAGUACAGCGGAGGAGCAGGGCUGGGUUCCUGCCACCUACCUGAAAACCUACAGCAAUACACGAGAUGACCUGGAGCUGGGCGCCUCCAAGUCCGGGGAGGUCACUAAGCGCCGUAAGGCCCAUCUGAAGAGGCUGGACCGGAGAUGGACCCUGGGGGGAAUGGUCAGCAGGCAGCAGAGCAGAGAGGAGAAGUAUAUGACGGUGCAGCCAUAUACCAGCGAGGGGAAGGAUGAGAUUGCCUUUGAGAAAGGAGUAAUCGUGGAGGUCAUCCAGAAGAACCUGGAGGGCUGGUGGUUCAUCAGGUACCAGGAUAAGGAGGGCUGGGCCCCGGCCUCCUACCUGAAGAAGGUUAAGGAGGACUUCUCUCCCCGUAGUAGUAAUAAGAAGACCCCCUUGACUGGCCCGGUGGAGAUAAUCGGCAACAUCAUGGAGAUCAGCAACCUGCUGAACAAGAAGGCCCUGAGUGAGAAGGACGUGCAGACAGACGGCCAGUCAGAGGACAACCCCCUGACCACCCCCUCCCUGGUCAAGAGGCAGAUCAGCCUGCCCAUACCCUGCUCUAGCUCAGACUUCAGCCCUGGUGCCGCCCUGGUGGAUGUUAAGGGCAAAGCAGAACCGGCCUCUCCAGCCAUAGCCCGCAUCGCUCCUCACAGAAUAGAGAUCGGCUCCCCAAUCCUCAGACAAAAGCCACCUCCUCGCAGAGAUGCAACUCUGGGAUUCAAUUUACCCUCGCCACCAGAGCCCCCUACUGUUGAAGCAGAGUACUACACAAUUGCAGAGUUCCAGUCCGUCAUUUCAGAUGGCAUCAGUUUUAAUGGAGGACAAAAAGCAGAUGUGAUCGAGAAGAACUCUGGUGGCUGGUGGUAUGUCCAGAUCGGGGAGAAAGAGGGCUGGGCUCCCUGCUCCUACAUCGACAAACGAAAGAAGCCCAACCUAAACCGCAGAACCAGCACUCUGAGCCGGCCCAAAGUCCCGCCACCAGCCCCGCCCAUCAAGAAGCAGGACUCUGAGGAGACUGCCCCUCCCAGCAGUCCUGGGUCCGAGGCUCCAGAGUCCCCUGUAUCUUCCAGGAGGCCUGUGUACGAGGAGCCAGAAUAUGACAUUCCUGCCAUUGGGUUUGAUCUGGCGUCAGAGUUUGAGUUCCUCAGGACAGAUGGGUCCUCAGUGGAUGGGAAGAAUGAGGAUGACUCCUCAGAGAAGGGCUCUCACCUGUCCUCCAAGCCAUCUCCAGCCACUUCUCUCCAUAGCGCCUCCUUCAAGAUGGGUGAGUCGUCCGAGGAUGUGGGGCAAGAAGAGGAGGAGCCUGAGGGAGAGGAGUGUAUCUAUGAGAAUGACGGCUUCAUGCCUUUCAGAGAGAUGCCUUAUACACAAUCCAGUGGCGACUCCGACUCCCCGAAGAUUAGUGCCCCGUUGGAGACUAGCAAGAAUGAAAACUCUCACUCCACGUUUGGGGCAAGGAGAAAAGGGAAGAAGAACCAGCUGGAGCUGAACAGGAGCCAGUCUCAGUCUCAAACCAAAGCAGAGGCCGGGGUGUCCAGACCCAAACCUGCCUCUACAGAGUCCACCCCAGAUCUCUCCAAGCUGGCCAGGCCCAAGAAGUACAAAGAGGAGCACAAGAUGGGCUCCACCAAACCUAAGCCAUUGGUCAGGCCUAAGCCCCAGCUGGCCAAGGCCUCCAGUGCAGAGAAGAUGGACAUCAGCAGCCUCCGGAGACAGCUGAGGCCUACAGGCCAGCUGAAGAAGGGCUCCAGAGGAGGAGACUUUGAAACAGCCUCUGUCAUCUCCUCUGAGGACUCUGUGUCCUCCCACAGCACCUCUGACAUCUCCUCCAUCUACUCUAAAGGCAGCCGGGGAGACUCAGACGAGGGCUGCAGCCUCUACCGCACCACAGAUGCCUAUGAGAAGGUCCAGGACUCAGAGAUGAGCUUCCCUGCCGGGGUGGAAGUGGAGGUGCUGGAGAAGCAGGAGAGCGGCUGGUGGUACGCCCGCUGGGGUGACGCUGAGGGCUGGGCUCCAACUUACUACCUGGAGCCUGUCAGGCAGCUGGACGACACAGCUGGGUCAGAGUCCGAUGGCACCCCUACCAAGCCGGGCAGCCUGAGCAAGUCCAACAGCCUGGAGAAGAACGAGCAGAGGGUCCAGGCCAUGAACAACAUCAACCAGAGCCUAAAGAGGAGCAUACCGACCAUCCCCUCCAAACCCCUGGGGGUGCUCUCCAAGCCCUUUGGUCUGUUCAAUGGCUCGCACAAGCAGAAGAAUGUUACAAAACAGCAGCAGGUGGUCAGGCCUCAGUCUGUCUUAAUCUCUGGGCCGAUCAUCGACGGGCCAAGCCCAGUAGGCUCCCUCAGGAGCGGUGAGUCACUCAACUCCACUGACCACACACGCUCUAGUCCCACCGUGCGCCGCAACGCUUCCUUUGGUACUACCCCGCGGGGCCCAGCGCCGAACGGUAACAUGGCAAACCGGAACAGCCCCGGCACGGGAACCUCCGAAUCACUGGGCCGGGGGUCUCAGAGGAACAGUCUACCUAUUUCCACGGUGAAACCCAAAUCCCACCUCAUCCACAACAACCUCCGUGAGGUGUAUGUCUCCAUAGCGGAUUACCAUGGUGACGAGGAGACAAUGGGGUUCCCUGAAGGAACGACUCUGGAGGUUCUGGAGAGGAACCCUAAUGGGUGGUGGUACUGCCAGAUCCUGGACGGAGGUCAACCUCGAAAAGGCUGGGUCCCCUCAAAUUACCUGGAACGGAACUAGUGACACACUAAUGUUCAGAGCAUGUGCAAUCAGGUCAGAGACCAUGGAAGACAGUGUAAAUGGAAAUGGAAAGACACUGUUUUUUUACAAUUUAAAGAUGGAAAUCAGAAGAGACAAUUUACAGUAUAAUUGAAGUGGUAUACUUUGUGUUUUCUAAACUGAGGGUGGCCAACCAAUCCUGCAUAUAAUGUCUUGACAUCUUAUUAUUCUAAUCUGAAGUGACAAAGAAAGCACUUCAACAUGUAAUUUUUUGACAGGAUUUUAUCUGUUCACAGAUAGCCGGGGAUUGGAAAAAAUACCUUUGGCAUUAAAAUCAGCUGAAGGUCAAUCACAUAUUAAAUGAAAGAAUUAAACAAAAAUUGUUGAUUUGAUGAAGUUUGCUUUUUAAUCCAAAAUUGAAGAAUAAUGGGAUUUGGACACAAGUGGAGGAUCUUUGGACAGCUUUGGCUGAUCAUGGUGAGUUUUUGUGAUAUGAUAACAUUACUUAAUGAUCUCCAAUGGGCUAAACAUUAUUAACUUCUAAUGAUAUUUGAUCAUAACAAUGUUUUAAAUGUUUUUUAAUGAUUUCUUCUUUAAAGGUCCAAAGCAGACGUUUUUAUCUCAAUAUCAAAUCAUUUAUGGGUAACAAUUAAGUAGCUUACUAUGA